GUUGAACCGUGAAUUUCUUCUUUCUGCCUCUGGAACGGGGAACGGAACGAUGAAGUUUUCAACAGUAAACGCCAAGUGUGCGUCUUACGACGAAAAACACAUCUUCUACGUCGGGGCGCACACGGGCUCGUUUAAAAGUAUCAAUGCGUCCGCCGAUGAUCCGUACGCCCAGAAGAAUCUGCACCCGAUCGAAACGCUUACCAAAACGUCCAAAAUAACGUGCUUGGAGUUUGGCAACCCGGAGCGGACGGAAAUUCUGGUCGGUCGAACGAACCGCUUCGUGAAGGUGUUUGACACGCUCGAAGAGCAGUGCACGUCCAACUUUGAGGCCGGCAAAGAUGAGGUGGUGGGCCUCGGGCGCAGUGGUGAAUGUAUCGUGGUUGGAUCCGCCAACGGCACCGUACAGAUUGUGAAGUAUCCGACGCCGGUCGAGUUUAGCGUCGGUGAAAACCUGGCCCGGCUGCGCCUGUGCCCCGACGAAACGAGCCGCAUGGUAACGGGGGGCAAGGCACUGAAACAGAUCAUCAAACUGUGGGACCUGGAAACGCAGACCGUACUGUUUAGCGCCAAAAACGUCCGGAAGGACAUGCUCGAGCUGGAGCAGCCAGUCUGGGAAAACGAUGUGGUGUUUGUGAACCGCAACCUGAUCGCGUCCUGCUCACGCCACGGUUACGUACGCCUGUACGAUACGCGGGGACCACAGAAACGGCCCGUGCAGGGCUUCACCUCGGACGAUCCGGACGAUCAGCUGUCGUUCUCGUGUCUGGCAGCGCACGGUGACCAUCUGUACGCCGGGACGACAACGUUCGGUGCCCGGGCUUUCGAUGUUCGCAAAAUGAAGAGCCACAUCCACGUGUACAAAGGAUUCACCGGCACGGUCAGUGCGAUCCGCGUGGAUCCUACUGGACAGCACCUGCUUACCGGUUGUCUCGAUCGGUACGUCCGCGUUCACCAUACACAACGCACGGCCCUGGAGUACCGCUGUUACGUGAAAUCCAAACCGACCCAUGUGCUGAUCGCGCAAUACCGGGAGCGGCAGGAACGGGAGUCCAAGCGGGCCGAGGACGACGAUGAGAUUGAGAUCGUCGAAGAUACGAAUGCGUCCGAUGCUGAGUAUGAGGAACUGUUCUCCAACAUGCCCACCGUGAACGAACGCGCUGCUCAAUCCAACAAGCGGAAAGCUGCAGAGAGCGGAGAUUCGACAAGGGAACCCGCGAGCCUUGGUCAGAAGAAGAAAAAAUCCACCAAAAGUAACUAAUAAACGUACGUUGGAGUUCUUUAUUGCGACCCA